AUGGAUUGGUUUCAGCCUGUGUUCUGGGAGCCAAGGGCUUCCUCAGAGGUGCCUCAGAAGUCAUGGUUUAAGAGAGGAGGGACAAAGAGAGGGCGAAGAAAGGCCGAGUUGGUAUUUGAGCAGAGGCCUCGAACUCCCCAUCCGCCUUUAUCCAGAACAGCUCUGAUUUUUCUUUUAUAUAUUGGAAUUUUAUGUAACGUUUCAGAGACUAGGCAGGGUGGGGGGAUGGGUAGAAUACAAGAGGUGGAAAAUUUGCUGCUUAAAAAAAAGUUGAGAACUACUCCUGUAGCUUCUGUGUAUUUAUUUCAUUCAACCAAAUUUGACAGCCACACACAAGCUGGUUUAGUUAUAACUGUGUAG